AUCUAAUAUUUGGAAAUUUGUAUUAAUUUUUUUAUUAACAUCAGAUUAUAUAUCAUAUGAUUACUGAUAUCUAUUACUUGAUAAGCAGAGAAUGUGCUGUUUUCUAAAGAAAUUUGACUUUUUAAGAUGUACUUUAUUUUUAACUCUGUUUCUAUUCCUGAUAACCUUUUACCCUUUAUACCUUCUAUGCGAUCUGCCAAGACUCCCGUUAAACUGCGCUUCGAAAGUCUUAACUACAACCUCGCCAAAAGUUUUGGAAGAAAUGCUCUGGGCAUACACGACAUUGUGGAGUAUCAAAAGAAUGAACUUCACUAGGAGAAGCGUUUGUGUACCAAAGGCGAUUGUGGACGAGUUGAAACAUAUCUUUCAGCCACUAUCUUUAUGCACUAUAAACAACCUGCCUCUAGUUUGUAAUUACGAAGUAAGUCAUGCAUCUUUGAUUACACCCAUUCAAUACCCUGAUUCAAAUCUGGAUGGAGUGCACGUUGCAAUAGAUUUCUCAGGUAAAUCAAUUGAUAAUCCCAAGGCGAUCCUUUAUUCUGCAAAAUAUAUGAACAGUGAAUUUGUCUUAUCAGAAAAUCUGAAUGCGUUUGCCAAGCGUGCCCAUCAAAGAUGUAUUAAUUCUUUGAAUUUAGAUAAUUUUGACUCACCCUUGAUAACAGUUUGCGUUUGGAUAAAAAAACCUAACUGGUUUCCUGUAAGAAAAUACUUCAAAAGAGCUCGAGAGAAUUUCUUCCGAUAUUCGUUGGACAUGUUCAGGAAGCACUACCGUCCUUUAUUUAUAGCCAUUGGAGAUGUGAGAUGGGCAGCGGAAACAUUUGAGAGUGAUGAUUUCGUCCCUUUAAGGACCAAAUCUGUUGGUCAAUUAUUGGCAAUGAUGUCUCUUUGCAACCAUACAAUAAUCGAACCUAAUCCAUUGUCUCUUUGGGCAGCUUUUUGGAACCAGGGGUUCAAAAUUGUUUACGGCUUACCUCAAGUCUGGGACGAUGUUCUUUGGAAGGAGGAGGACUGGAUGUUGUUGAAUCUCUAUCCUAAUGGUUCAUUCCCACAUUAUAUCCAAGAAGAUGUAAAGAUGCUGAGUCCCCUGGAUUUUUAUAAGUUUUGAUAAAUAAAAUAUGUUCCUUUUUAGAUUAUCAGGUUUACCCAUAACUUUUGGAAA